AUAUUAAAAAUCUUUAACAAACAAGAACAAUGAAUUAAAUUCUUUCUAAACUAUAUAUAUUUAAAAUAAUUUAUAUAAUCAAUUUUGAAAAAAUCAAAGUGAUUGUUUUUUUUCAAAUUUUUUCAUCCUGAAAUUUUGAUUAAAUUUUACCCAAUGGGUAUUCCUGACAUACGUAUGCUUAUCACUGUGGACUUUGAAGUUUUCGGUCAUGUGCAGGGCUGCUAUUUCACGAAAAAUACACGCGAUCUGUGCACCAAGGCUGGCAUAAAAGGUUGGGUUAAAAAUAGCAAACAGGGUACUAUAGUGGGUAAAAUGCAAGGUCCCAAAGAAGAAGUUGAUAAAAUGAUACAAUGGCUGUCGAAAGAAGGCUCGCCAGGUUCUCAGAUUGAAAAGUGUGAAUUGCGAUAUAUGGGCACUUUAAACCGGUUGGACUACAAGGAUUUCGCAAUUAGAUUUUAGUUAUAUAAAUGUAAUACACUGUUCUGAUUAUUAUUUAAAUUCG